CUUUUGGCGUGACUUUAUCACGAUCCACUUGCAGUCCUAGCCUACGUGACUGGAUCUGACAUUGAAGUUGCUGACGAAUCAAGAAUGCACUAAACAAAACAGCUUAUCUACAAUGAUGACCAGGACGUGUCUUCUCACAUUAAUGGAAACUGUACACUUAGAAAAAAAUUUGACUGUACCCCAUAUUCUCUGAACCAGAAUGUCAGCCUCAAGUCGGGUAGGGGCGAAGCUCGAGUUCAUCAGCGUGAGCCACCCAGACGAGGUCAAAAACCGGCACAACAAGCGCAAAAUCCAUCAGCAUGUGAUGAAAGAUAUAGGGUUCUCAAGAAGAAAGAAUAUGCAGAGUAGGACUUUAAGGUCAGAGUCGAACAUUUCAAAGACUUUGGCACUUCACGAAACCCACUCGGCGGCAUACACACUCUACCAACCAGACAACUAUCGGACACUCUACUCUAGGACUGAUAUGAGAGCUAAGAUGAUGGAAGCCUUUCUGCUUCGUCCAAAGUCGUCCAUAUGCGACAAGGUCAGAGAGAUCUGUUUUGCUAUCGGCCUCGUCGACGACGCUACUCUAAAUCUUGCACUUGCAGAGAUCGCCCUGUAUAGCAAUGGGUAUACUGGUGAUAUGCAUUCUGGGCGAGAAGAUUCAGCUGCGCUGAAGCACUACAACCACUGUCUACGACUCACCAGCCAAAAGAUCCAAACUGCGAAUAACAUGACUUCUGAUGAAGUUUUGAUCACUGUCAUAGGUCUUGCCAACUAUGAUAUGAGCAUAGGUAAAGUCGAACGAUACAGCACCCAUCUGGCCGGAUUAGAAACCUUGGUGCGCGGCCGUGGAGGGGUAGGCAAGCUUAGGUCAUCAUAUUUGUUAUUGUCUUUGAUCUGAUAUUAUCGGAUGCCUAUCCUUGGACCGCCCACCAAGAUUUGAAGCUCCUUCACAUCUAUGGACUCAGUCUGAACCACCAACAAUAACCCCUACACUGACAAAUAUUUUGAAAGCCUUGAUGCAUCUUUCACCCCAUCUAUCAAAUAUCUGCUCGGUCCUUCGAUCACUCACAAGAGUUUCGAAAGCGUCUCAGCACUGGGAGGAGUCGACGUUUCAUUACUGUGAAACUAUCCUACGCAGCUCAUAUUUUCUCCUCCGUGUACCGCGGCUUGCGGCAUUG